GAACUUUAAACAGUCACAGAGUGAGACAGAGCAUCUUCAGGUAACCAUACUCACCUUAUUCAGUUCUCAGGAGUGUCCGUUUGCAUUAAAAAACUUAGCAAAGAUUGUAAACUUCUAUCAUUGGAAAGAAAGUACUCAAGAGUUUAAUCAGAAAAGUAUGGCAUUGAGUGAUUUGAUGUUCCGUGAUAAUGAAAGAAAAAGGACCCAUGCUAUUCGUUUACAUCAAGAAAUAGUUUUAUGUAUAGAAAGGAAUUUUAAUACUACCAAUAAAGUGAGUGACAUCUGUAAUAUGUACCUUAAAACCAGAUUCAGACACAUUGAGAUGAAAGCCUCUGACAACCUUGAAGAGAACUGUGAUAUUCUGAAGAGACAAUUAAGCUCCAUCCAGAAAUGUUUUACGGAGAUGGACCAGCAUUUAAGGGAUACCUUGGAACCAGAUGUUUAUAAUCUGGUUUGUGAUGUUUCUGUUUCUGUUUCUGAAAAACAACACAAAUUAAGCAAAUAUAUGAAAAAACUUGAAGGAAUUAGCACAUAUUCAGUUAUUGUUGCUGGUAUUCUGUUCCCAACACUGGGUUUUAUACUAUGCAACACUGUAGCAUGUGUGACUAAACUUACUGCAUGUUUAAUUGGGGGUCUACCAGUUCUUGCUGUCUUUGGAGUUGCCCUUGUAAUAAGCUAUUUUUCUGGCAAAAAACAGAGUGAAGCACUUGAUGAGGCUAUAAAUGAAUAUGAAAAAGUAAAGUCUGAUCUUAAACCAAAUACAGAUCGCUAUCAAUUUGAAGUAAUGAAAGCAUGCAUAAAACUGGAUAUCCCAUGGGAAAAGUAAAAUCAGAGAAAAGUAGCAGGUAGUCAAUUCACAUUCUUCAGAGGAGAGAGAAAUUGCAUGGUAUUGAGAUGUUAUGGGUGGGAAAAUCAGUCAGCCACUCAGAAAAAGUUGCAGGAUGGUUAGACGCUUCAGCAAUCUGUCUGCAAAGAUAUCCUGACUUAAUAUAGCAGAUCUCAAAAUAAAUAAUGAAAAACUAGUCUUUUUUCUAGA